GGGGGCGAGUGUCCGGGCCCCGCCCCGGCCCCGCCCCGCUCCGGAGCCGCCCGGGACGCAGGGAGGAGGAGGGUGGCUCGACCCGGACUGCCCGCGGCGCCGCGCUCCUGCAAGCUCCUGUCCGGCCCCCGCAGGUGCCAUGACUCAGCAGCCCCAGGAGGGCUUCGACAGGAGCGUGGAGGAUGCCCGCCGGUGGAUGACGGCUGUGCAGGAGCGGCUGCAGAUCAAUGACAACACCCAGGGGCCCCGCACGGCGCUGGAGGCCAGGCUGCGGGAGACUGAGAAAAUAUGCCAGCUGGAGCCAGAGGGCCGCGUGAAGGUGGAUGUGGUGCUGCAGGCGGCCGAAGCCCUUCUGGCAUGCUGCCACGAGGACCAGAAGACCGAGAUCCUGGCUCAGCUGAGAGACAUCAAGGCCCAGUGGGAGGAGACGGUCACCUACAUGACCCACUGUCACAGCCGGAUCGAGUGGGUGUGGCUGCACUGGAGCGAGUACCUGCGGGCCCGGGAUGAGUUCUACCGCUGGUUCCAGAAGAUGACGGUGGCACUCGCGCCCCCCGUGGAGCUGCAGCCCAGCUUGAAGGAGAAGCAGUGGCAGCUGGACCACGCCCAGGUACUGCUGCACAACGCGGAUCACCAGGCCGUGCUCCUGGACCGGCUCCUGGAGGAGGCGGCCUCCCUGUUCAACAGGAUCGGGGACCCCAGCGUGGACGACGCCGCCCAGCAGCGGAUGAAGGCUGAGUAUGACGCAGUGAAGGCCAAAGCCCAGGACAGAGUGGACCUGCUGGAGCAGGUGACCCGGGAGCAUGAGUGUUUCCAGGCGAGCGUGGACGAGUUCCAGCUGUGGCUGAAGGCGGUGGUGGAGCGGGUGCACGGCUGCAUGGGGCGCAAGUGCCGGCUGAGCACCCAGGACCGUCUCUCGGCGCUGCAGGGCAUUGCCAAUGAUUUUCCUAAGGGUGAGGAAUCCUUGAAGAGGUUGCAGCAGCAGGCCAUGGGGGUCAUCCAGAACACCUCUCCUCUGGGUGCGGAGAAGAUCACCAGAGACCUAGAAGAGAUGCGGGACGUUCUGGAGAAGCUGCGUGGGCUCUGGGAGGAGGAGGAGGGCAGGUUGCGGGACCUGGUCAAGUCCAAGGGAGCCUGCGAGCAGCAGAGGGGGCAGCUGGAAGCCGAGCUGGCAGAGUUCAAGAAGGACCUUCAGAGACUGGCGGAGGAGGGCCUGGGGACCACGGCCAAGGCAGCGACCGAGGAUGAGCUGGUGGCCCGCUGGAGACUCAACUCGGCGACCCGGGUGGCCCUGGCUGCCGAGGAACCGCGGGUGGACCGGCUGCAAGCCCAGCUGAAGGAGCUCCUCGUCUCCCCCCAGGACCCGCAGCCACUCUCGGACAGCGUGGUCGCGGCCAUCCAGGAGUACCAGAGAAUGAAGGCCAAGAGCAGCAGACUGCGCAACGCCGCGGCCACGGAGCUGUGGCAGCGUUUCCAGCGGCACCUCCAGGACCUGCAGCUGUGGAGGGAGCUGGCCCAGAGACUCCUGGAUGUCACCGCCAGCCUGCCAGACCCGCCCUCCAUCCACACCUUCCUGCCGCAGAUCGAGGCGGCCCUGAUGGAGAGCUCCCGCCUGAAGGAGCAGCUGACGAUGCUGCAGCUGAAGAAAGACCUGCUGGGCAGCAUCUUCGGCCCAGAGAGAGCCACAGCCCUGCUGGAGCAGGUGGCGACUUCCGUGAGGGACAGAGACUUGCUGCACAACCGCCUUCUGCAGAGGAAGAGCAAACUGCAGAGCUUACUCGCUCAGCACAAAGAUUUCGGGGCGACUUUCGAGCCUUUGCAGAAAAAGCUCUCAGACCUCCAAAUCCGGGUCCAAGCCGAGAAUGGGCUUCGGCGGGACCUUCCUGAGAAACAGGCCCAGCUUCUGAGGUUGCAGGGUUUGCAGGAGGAGGGGAUGGACCUGGGGUCUCAGGUGGAGGCCAUGAGACCCGUCUUCCAGGGGAACCCUAACCACCAGCACAAAAUGGACCAGCUUUCCGCCGACCACCAGGCCCUGCAGAGGUCUCUGGAGGACCUCCUGGAAGGACGCCAGCAGAGCCUGAGGGAACAUUGCACCUUCAACCACGAGCUGCUGAAGCUGCGGCAGUGGAUCUCUGUGAUUACACAGAAGCUGGAGGCCCACUGUGGGGACACGGCCCCAUGGGAUGCCCAGUCCCGGGAGGCUGAGGUUGAGAGGCUGCUGGCUGAAUUCCCGGAGAAGGAAGCCCAGUUGCCCGUGAUGGAAGCACUCGGCCGGCUGGUGAUGGAGGCGUCUUCUCUGGAGGGGGCUGCUGUGGUCCAGGGGGAGCUGGAGGAGCUGACCGAGUCAUGGAAGGCCUUGAGGCAGCUGGAGGAGAGCCUGCUGAGCCUGAUCAGAAACCAGCAGCUGCAGAGGACGACGGAAGUGGAUUCAGGGAAGAAAAUGAUUUUCACCAACAACAUCCCAAAGACUGGAUUUCUCAUCCUCCCCACAGAUCUUACUUCCCGGCAUCGCCGUCAGGCAGGUCUGCUCCGGGAGGAAGGAGGCAGCCUGGAGGGUCACUCCCAGUCCCUGAGGAACUUUGAGCACUGGUUGCAGGAGGAAAAUUCCAAGCUGGUUAGAAUCAUCGCCAUGAAAACUGCCACUGCUGAGGACUUGAGGACCAGAGAAACAAAGCUACAGGAGCUGGAGGCUCGAAUACCAGAAGGUCAGCAUCUCUUCGAGAACCUCCUUCAUCUCAGGCCAGCCCGCAGGUCAUCGGACGAGCUAGAGGAUCUGCGCUACCGGUGGAUGCUCUACAAGUCCAAGCUCAAGGACUCCAGCCACCUGCUGACGCAGAGUCCUCCAGGGGAGCCGACUGGAUUCCGUAAGACCGCGCGGUGGCGAGGGCUCGGCCCCCUGUGCCGGAAGGUGUGCUGCGUGGCGCUCCCCCUGCAGCUGCUGCUGCUGCUCUGGCUGCUGCUGCUCUUCCUGCUCCCGGUCGGGGAGGAGAACCGCAGCUGCUUCCUGGCCAACAACUUUGCCCGCUCCUUCACGCUCAUGCUCCGCUACGACGGCCCCCCGCCCACCUAGCCCCCCUCCCCGCCACCGGGGGCGCUUGGGGGACGCUCCUCUCCAAACUUCCAGCAGCCCCAGCCUCCUCUGGAGGAUGCUGGGGGACCUGGAAGCAGAGGCAGGCCAGAGCCCGCUGGGCUGCAUCCCUGUAAAUACUCUAUCGAUGUUCCCAGAACAAAAUUACUUUUUUAUACAGUAUUGUCUCAGUCUAUUUAUACUAAAUGUGUACUAUGUGUGACUUAGGGGAUAAUGCAUAGCCAUCUUUUUUUAUAUGCUCAGUAUGUAUCAUUUCACAUAUGACCUCUAUUUGUCAUUGGGAAAAUUCCCAGCAGUGUUUUUGUCCAGUGGGAUCUUGUAGCAUUUUGGCCUUGGUCUGCAGUCAGCCCUGGAAAGCAGGGACAAGAACAUGUCGCUUGUAUGGCCAUCUCCUAUCCAGAAACCAAGCCCCACGUCCAGAUGUUCGUGAAGAGGACUCUGAGCCGUUGACACAGAAGAACGGCCCUGGCCCUCACUCAGAGCCCAGGGACUCUUGGUCCAGGCACAGUCAGAGCAUCCGUGCUUAUCUAGACUUCAGAGUGACUGCAGACUAGAUGCUGUGGGUGAGAAGCAGAAAAGGGGCUGAUUCCGGGCUGGCCCAGGAGCAGCAGUGAAAAGUGGCAAGUGACUGAGUGAAAUUAAUGGAGGAAAGAAUUCCAAAGAGCAGACCCAGAGCUAAGAGAGCACAGCAGAAGGGGGACCUCGGGGAGCUCCAGUAGCCCAGACCAGUGAGGAAGGCUCAUGGUCUGAGUCUUCAGGGAAUGGUUAGGCCAUGCUGCCCAUGUUCUCUGCUCUGCUCCGGGAGAAAAUGAAGGAGAAGGAGCUCAUUGUUAAGAUUCCCACGCAGAAGGGUAAGCACACUGUGUGUAGCGCCCAGGUGCCUGACAGUGCUGGAAAGAUGUGUUACCUCUGUCGCACUGAGGCUGAGCUUUUCAUCAUCUACGGCUCCGGCUGAAGGGACAGAGGGAAGCAUCUGACCCACCAGGGACCAGAGAUCAGGGGUCCAAGACGGACAGGAGGGGUCAUCUGCAGGGCUCAGCCAGCCUGAAGGGUUCUCUUCUCCUCCCAGAAGGGACUUUGGAGAGAGCUGGGUCCUUUGGGCCAUGAAUGUCCCACACACAUGCCCACAAGGGACACAGGGUCCAGAUGCCCCAAACCAGGCCCUCUCUGUGAGGGCUUGGCAAUCGGGCCCAUGAGCUACCUGGGCCUUGAGGCUGGAAAUAUUGAAUUGGCCAAAAAGUUCAUUUGGGUUGUUUGUAACAUCUGAUGGAAAAACCUGAACGAACUUUUGGGCCACCCAAUACAUCCCUUCCUCCCCAGGGAGUUCUGGAACGGUUCCUAAGUGUUUCAUCACUGGAUCCUAUUUUCCCCAAAUCAACACUAAAGUUUCCUUUUUAAAAAUGCUUAGGGCCCACUCUUUAUACCGAUUGAUUCUGUCUGUUGAGCUACGCAUAGGAGACCAAGAGGGGAUUCCUCAGGCCUUUGAAAUCAGUGUCACAGACCCAGAAAGGCCUUUAAACAGAGGGGAAGCUGAAGAUCCUGGAGAGCCCAGGCUCCCAGCACUGUGCCCCCCACCCCCACACUGCCCUCUGGGCCUCGCAGGCCCAGCCUGCUCAGGGCUCUCGGCGCAGUGACCCAGGCCUCCCUGUAACUGGGAAGAGCUGGACACUCACAGGGCAGGAAAACAGGGUCACAGAGAGGAACCCUCCAGGCUGACUUAGAACGCACAUUUUCCUCGAGAUGUUUAGAAACCAAGCCACAAGGCCAUUCUCCACGGGACAAUCUGGGGCUGCAUGAACCAAGACCUCAGGCCCAGGCGGCUGAGCCCAGAUCCUCACUGGGUUGUGUCGUUCCGGCCUGAGAAGGUCAGCACUGUGGCGGGACCUUCGAACAUCUCCACGCAGACGGAGGCCCAGAGAGGGGAGGUAACUUACCCAGAGCUACACAGCGGCGGCGGCUAAGGCCAGAGCCGAUCCUGGUCACUGCUGCCUCUGGGUGGUGCCCGGCUCACUGUGGCCCCCCAUCAAAUCUGUAACUUCAAAAAGGCUCAAGUGACAUGAAUUCAGCUGGGUCACGUGUCCUACGUGUCAAGGAGGGAGAAACUGUAAUGUGUGGGCUGGCGGGAGGGAAUGAACUUAUAUUUUUAAAAACUUUGAUACCAUAGAGCUUGUUUGCAUAACUUUUUUUUAAAAAAAGAAUUGAUAUUUUCAUUACUUUCAUAUAAAGACAGUUGUGAUAUGACAUAAC